UAACCGGCGGUUGCCGGUUAACCGUUAACUGGCGGUAUCGGUAUACGGCAGGAGAAAUCCAGCUGUCGGUAUACCGACCUAUAAUCUAUAAGUAACCGCCGGUUACUCGGUAUAACCGAGUAUACCGAUAGAAGGCAAAACCCCUCUCCCCUUUUUCAAUCAGUUCCUUCACUCCACCUGCUCUCUCCCUCCUCCCUCUUAAUCUCCCUCAAAUUCUCUCUUCCUUCCACAAACAGAACCUUCACCGUGAGAGAUUCUGUGAAACCCCCUCCUCUCUUUCUCGAUUUCUUGAUUCAGACCAUGACCGCCGAUUCGUCAUCGUCAAAGGGAUGCGUCGUCACCGGAGAGAGGGCAAAGAGCGAUGGGUUUGCUCCUCUUUCCACUCCUCUGCCGCCGUCUUUGGAAGAACCCAGAACCGAGUCCGACGCAUCGCUCUCCUUUUCAAACACAGCAUCCAAUCUGGCGACUCUCUCUCCCUCUAGAUUCCAGAUUCGGCUCCAAGCAACUCCCUUGUGCGGCGGCUCUCUCUUCCUCUCGAGGUCAGAUUCGGCGAGAUGCAGUCUCCCACCCGCAACGGUUCUCAGUCAGUCUAGAUGGCGGCGAGAGGGAGGGCUACGACGAGAUGGCGGCGGGAUGGUUGCCGGAGAUCUGGAUCAAGAGAGGAGGCACCCGGAUUUCUUGACACCCCCAAAAAAUCCCUAAUCGAGCGGCGACAACGACUGGAGGCUGGAAUGGUGGUGAGGGCAGAGAGCAAGCUUGUUCGAUGCGGCGGCGACAACGGCGACGGCAGCGGUUGGCGGCGAUUAGUGUAGGGAUGGGGAGAUGAGAGGAAAUCGAGAGAGGAGGUCUGGGAAGGUUGGGGAGAGGUGAACGAGAGAGAGAGGUGGUCUGGGGAGGGUUCAAGAGAGAGAGAGAGAGUCCGAUUGUCGAGAAUGGGUGAAUGAGAAAGAGAGGAGGAGGUGUGUCUCGCGGGUAGCCGGUAUAACCGGUUUGUAACCGUUAACUGAGUGUUCGGUAACCGAUUAACCGGUUACAAACCGGUAUCGGUAUCCGGCUUCUCCCCUGUCGUGAACGGUAUACCGGUAACCAGGUCGGUCGGUAACCGGUUAACCGGUUACCGACCAAUUACCACCCCUAGGUAUAUCAAUAAUAAUUUUUUUUAUAAUCGUUGAUAAUGCAAUUGAAAAACAUUAAUAAUAUCAAUGGCAGUCGGCAUGGAGAGAGAGUGUAAACAUUUUUAAUUACCUUUUUAAUACAUGAAAUAUUAAUUA